AUGCUGGCCGUUGUAAGCCAAGGCGCCCAGAUGGGUCUUAAAGAAUGUCAAAAUCAGUUCGCUGGAAGACGAUGGAAUUGUUCUACACUGUUCGAAAAGGGUCUCUCGGUGUCCACUGAACACUUGCUGGACGAUACGGAUAAGAAUAAAAAUAUUUCCGAUAAGCUGACCAAAUAUCGUCGACUAGCGGACAGCAGAUCCAAAAUGCUUGCCGACUCUCCUCUUGAAGUGGAAGACGUUGGCGACGUAUUUGGUGGCAUCCUUAAAUUCCAUAGCCGCGAGAAAGCAUACGUGCAUGCGAUUAGUGCCGCAGGCGUCGCCUACAGCAUAACCAGGGCGUGCAGUCAGGGUCAGAUGCCAUCUUGUUCUUGCGAUCAGAACGUAGAACGAAGAAAAGUAAAAAAGAAGGAUCAGUGGGAUUGGGGAGGCUGCUCUGAGGACGUUGCAUACGGAGAGAGACUUAGCAAAGACUUUGUGGAUUCUAACGAACUUGCGAAAGCGUGGUAUGACCCCGCGCCUAAACUGAUGAACUUGCAUAAUAACGAAGCUGGCCGAAGAUGCUACAGUUAG